UCAUCAACUAAGGAUUAAAAGUGAAGAAAAUGAAGUUAUGUAUUAAAACAAUGAAAAGUUCAAGGACUAGAAUGAAAAAACAGCAUUGUUCCCGAGCACACAUGGUAGAUCACAGUUUUUUAACCUUGAGACUUGAGGUUCGCAAGCAAGAUCGCAGCAUUUCAGGAUUCCAUUUCUUUGCUAAUUGCCAUAACAAAAAAUAAAUAAAAAUGGGGAAAUCAAUUCACAGUUUUGAGCUGAAGAAUGGAGCAAGAAUCCCUUCAGUUGGGUUAGGAACAUGGAGGGCUGCCCCUGGUGUGAUUGGUGAUGUUGUCACUACUGCUGUUAAGGUGGGUUAUAGACAUAUUGACUGUGCGCUACUUUACUGCAACGAGAUAGAGGAUAGUUGUGCAUUGAAGAAGUUAUUCGAUGAUGGUGUAGUGAAGCGUGAAGAAUUGUGGAUCACCUCCAAACUCUGUUGCAAUGAACAAGCACCGGAAGAUGUGUCAGGGGCAUUAGAUAGAACUUUGCAUGAGUUGCAGCUUGAUUAUGUAAAUCUAUAUCUAAUCCACUGGCCAGUAAGCAUGAAGAAGGAUUCCGUUGGCUAUGAACCUGAAAACCUUACCCAACCUGACAUACUGGCUUCUUGGAGAGAAAUGGAGGCACUUUAUGAAUCUGGCAAGGCUCGUGCUAUUGGAGUCAGCAACUUCUCAUCAAAGAAGCUUGGAGAUCUUCUAGCAGCAGCACGUGUUCGUCCUGCUGUGAACCAAGUGGAAUGUCACCCUGUAUGGCAGCAGCCAAAGCUUCAUGCAUUUUGUCAAUCCGAGGGAGUUCACUUAUCUGGGUAUGCACCAUUAGGUUCCGCAGGUUCACAGAAGAUCAAGAUUGAGGUUCUCAAGAAUCCAAUUCUUAAAAUGAUAGCAGAGAAAUUAGGCAAAUCUCCAGCACAAGUGGCUCUUCGGUGGGGACUCCACAUGGGCCACAGUGUGCUACCUAAAAGCAUAAACAAGGCAAGAAUCAUAGAAAACAUUGACAUUUUUUACUGGUCUAUUCCUGAAGGCUUAUUUUCCAAGCUUUCAGAAAUUGAGCAGGAGAGGCUUGUUACAGGAACUACUCUUGUGCAUGGGACUUAUGGUGCAUACAGGACAUUGGAUGAACUCUGGGAUGGUGAAAUGUGAGAAGAUUUCAGGUGUAAAAAGUCUGGAUUUUCCAUUUUAGCUGCUUGUCUCUCACAUUACUCAAUUUUCAAAUGUUUAGCCAGUUCUUAAUUACUAGAGCAGCAAUGAUGUUGAAUAAAAAAACAGGUGGACAAUAUGUUGCUAUAUAUUUAGCAGCAGCAAAGCCACUUGAUUACAUUUCAGUCAUGGAAGUUCACCAAAAUCAUAUCAAGAAAUGUAUUUAUUAUAAAUAGAUGAAAACAUAUUCACAAAACAUUCUGCCUCAGAAUCAAGUGUGUUCAUAGUAGCGCAACAGUUAUCUCAGCAUUUAUGGAGGUGGCAAUGAACAGUUGGAUCCCAAGUAUCCAUGCUUUGAGGAAGAGAGCAUUACUUGCCUAAUUGUCCGUUGGCACAGAGUAUGGUUUGCGUCUAUGGUCAGGAUGUUGAAUUGACCCUAAGCAUCUGCUUGGACGCAUGCAAUUUUCAUGUUAUCCUUUUUAUGGCAAUCAAUGCAACUUUUUUCUCUCU